AUGAUAAAGCAUACGGUAAUUAAGCCUAUCUCAGCCCGUAGACUGAGUGACGCCAGCUUCAGAAAGGAGUCAACGCAGGCAGAGCGGAACAGACGCGCUGGUGCCGCGCUACCGCAUUCAAGUGCAGUGGGCGGUGAGCGCCUGUAGUGCGCGCCACAUUUGCCAAAAUACAAACCUACGCUGUUAUAGGCUACUUUUCCAACUGAUAUACAGGGUGAAUAUGUGGCGUCAGAUGAUUCCAUUUCUUAAUUGACCGUGACUGACUGAACUGAAGAAAGAGAGGCCGUUCAGUCCUCGCUCUGUCCUGUAUCCAUUCGAACAGAGUGCCGCGCGCAGACACAGGAUAACUCCAGUGCCUGCUGCUGAAUUAUAGUGACGCUUGCUCUCAGCAUGUUUGGCAUUCCUAUGUUCCCUAGGCUAGUACAUUAUUUCUAUGUGGUAUGGAUUUUAAUGCAGAUAUAUCAUGAUUAUAACAAUACAUUCGUUUUGUUGUCAUCUCAGUCCAAGAGAGGUUCAAACAUGAAGAGUGACAGAUCAUAAACAAACAGUAGCCAGGGUUUUUGAGGAUGAAACAGGACUGAAAAUCACAAGAAUCCCUUUUUUACAAGACCACAUAAACUACUCAACUACUGGACUACUCUGUGUAGGCUUCAUUAGACUGUUUUACAAUGGAAUAAAGAUCCCUCUCUUUUUGUAUGGGAGAGAGAGAGAGAGAGAGAGAAAUAAUCAAAGAAAGAGAGAAUGAAAGAGAGAAAGAAUGGUGCCACAUUAAAGUUGUUUUUUUUAAAGCCAAUAUCUGAGUUCUUCCAUUAUGAAUGGCACAUUAGGUAAUGUUGCAAAACCUUGCUGGAAGAGCCAGCCUGACUAGGAGAGAGAGAAAGCAUGCCUGCCUGAAUAAGAAUGUUUCCAUUUCCAUGCUGUCUGUCUGUCUGUCUGUCUGUCCGUCCAUCCAUAUGUGAGUGGUGUGACCAGUGCUGGCCAGACAGUGUGGCUCCUCACUAUGAGACAGUGGGAUGUACACUGAGUCAAUACUUUGUAGAGAAGCACCUUUGGCGGUGAUUACAGCUGUGAGUCUUUUAAGGGUGACCUGCUUAAGAGCUUUGCACAUCUGGAUUGUAGAAUAUUUGCCCAUUAUUCUUUUAAAGAAUUCUUCAAGCUCUGUCAAGUUGGUUGUUGAUCAUUGCUACACAGCCAUUUUCAAGUCUUGCCAUAGAUUUUCAAGCCGAUUUCACUCAAAACUGUAACUAGGCCACAUAGGAACAUUCAAUGUAUAUUCUUUGGAGGCAACUCCAGUGAAGAUUUGGCCUUGUGUUUUAGGUUAUUGUCCUGCUGAAAGGUGAAUUCGUCUCCCAGUGUCUGUUGGAAAGCAGACUGAACCAGGUUUUCCUCUAGGAUUUUGCCUGUGCUUAUAGCUGUAUUCCGUUUCUUUUUGUCCUAAAAAAACUCCCUAGUCCUUGCCGAUGACAAGCAUACCCAUAACAUGAUACAGACGCCACCAUGCUUGAAAAUAUGAAGAGUGGUACUCAGUAUUGUGUUGUGUUGGAUUUGCCCCAAACAUAACGCUUUGUAUUCUGGACAAAAAGUUAAUUUCUUUGCCACAUUUUUGCAUUAUUACCUAAGUGAAUUGUUGCAAACAGGAUGCAUGUCUCUGAAUAUUUGUAUUGUGUACAGACUUCCUUCUUUUCACUCUGUCAAUUAGGUUAGUAUUGUGGAGUAACUACAAUGAUGUUGAUCCAUCCUCAGUCAUCUCCUAUCACAGUCAUUAAACUCUGUAACUGUUUUAAAAUCACCAUUUGGCUCAUGGUGAAAUCCCUGAGCAGUUUCCUUCCUCUCCGGCAACUUCUAAAAGCAUGUUUUCACUUUGUCAUUAUGGGGUAUUGUGUGUAGAUGGGUGAGAGAAAAAAAUCUAUUUAAUCCAUUUUGAAUUCAGGCUGUAACAACAAUGUGGAAUAAGUCAGACUUUCUGAAGGCCCUGUAAAUCCCUAUAGUCCCUGUAGACUUGAUUCAGUGUCCCAGUCCUAAUUAUCUCCUAAGUCUUCUGUUGUAUUAAACCCUCUGGUUCAUGUGACUCACACCCCUGCUGACCAGCCCUUUGUUUCUGUUAAAUUAGCGCCUAAUUUAAUCUCUCUCUUCUCUGGUCAGAUGACUGAAACCUGACCGGGACUUCUGACUGCAUGAGGAAUAACAUUCACUACAGGAGGCUACCAUUCUGACCAGACCAUAAUCCUGCUAAGAGAGAGAGGGAGAGACACACAGAGAAAGGGAGUGAAACAGAGAGAGCAAGAGAGAAGAAAAAUAAGAUAUUUGGGAUUGUGUCAUUAUUCCUACUCCUGGUCUCUUCAGGAAGCACCAACGGAACUAAUGAACCCCAGCUUCUGUUUACAGUGACUCCUCACACUCCUCCUCGAGCUCCAUCCCUGAUCCCUCGCUUCCGCUCUCCUUUACCCGCGUGGGCGACAAUCCAUCCAUCACACUCCUCCUCUGUCCCCCUCUCCUACCUCCUCUCAUCACAUUCCCUCCCUCUUUCACCCAAGUGGGGGUUUCUCCUCCCUCCCUCCCUCCAUCCCUCAUGCACUCCUCCACCUCCAUCACGUCACUCUUCUCCUUCACCAGCCCUGCAGUGAAGAGGCUUCUGGGAUGGAAACAGGGGGAUGAGGAGGAGAAGUGGGCAGAGAAGGCUGUGGACUCCCUGGUCAAGAAACUAAAGAAGAAGAAGGGAGCGAUGGAGGAGCUGGAGAAGGCCCUCAGCUGCCCCGGACAGCCCAGUGAGUAACCCUGUCAGAUCAAAUCAAAUAACAUUUUAAUCGUCACAUGCUUCGUAAACAACAGUGAACUGUUUACUUACGGGCCCUUCCCAACGAUGCAGAGAGAAAGACAUUAUAGAGAAAUAAUAGAAAAGUAAAACAUGUAAUAAUAAAAGUAACAAUAGAUACACAAUGGGUAACAAUAACUUGGCUAUAUACAAGGGGUACCAGUACCGAGUCGAUGUGCAGGGGUACGAGGUAAUUGAGGUAGAUAUGUAGAUAUAACUAGGAAUAUAGUGACAGAUAGUAAACAGCAGUGUAUGUGAUGAGUCAAAAAAGUUAGUGCAAAAUCAGGUCAAUGCAGAUAGUCCGGGUAGUUAUUGGUUAACUAUUUAACUAACUAUACUGAACAAAAAUAUAAACGCAACAUGUCAAGUGUUGGUCCCAUGUUUCAUGAGCUGAGAUAAAAGAUCCCAGACAUUUUCCAUACGCACAAAAAGCUUAUUUAUCUCAAAUUUUGUGCACAAAUUAGUUUACAUCCCUGUUAGUGAGCAUUUCUCUUUUGCCAAGAUAAUCCAUCCACCUGACAGGUGUGGCAUAUCAAGAAGCUGAUUAAACAGCAUGAUCAUUACACAGGUGCACCUUGUGCUGGGGACAAUAAAAGGCCACUCUAAAAUGUGCAGUUUUGUCACACAGCACAAUGCCACAGAUGUCUCAAGUUUUGAGGGAGCGUGUAAUUGGCAUGCUGACUGCAGGAAUGUCCACCAGAGCUGUUGGCAAAUAAUGUAAUGUUCAUUUCUCUACCAUAAGCCGCCUCCAACGUCGUUUUAGAGAAUUUGGCAGUAUUUCCAACCAGCCUCACAACCGCAGACCACGUGUAACCACGCCAGUCCAGGACCUCCUCUUCCGGCUUCUUCACCUGCAGGAUCAUCUGAGACCAGCCACCCGGACAGCUGAUGAAACUGAGGAGUAUUUCUGUCUGUAAUAAAGCCCUUUUGUGGGGAAAAACUCAUUCUGAUUGGCUGGGCCUGGCUCCCCAGUGGGAGGGCCUAUGACCUCCCAGGCCAACCCAUAGCUGCACCCCUUCCCAGUCAUGUGAAAUCCAUAGAUUAGGGCCUAAUGAAUUUAUUUAAAUUGACUGAUUUCCUUAUAUGAACUGUAACUCAGUAAAAUCGUUGAAAUUGUUGCAUGUUGCGUUUAUAUUUUUGUUCAGUAUAUUUAGAAGUCUUAUGUCAUGGGGGUAGAAGCUGUUCAGGGUCCUGUUGGUUCCAGACUUAGUGCAUCAGUACGACUUGCCGUGCGGUAGCAGAGAAAACAGUCUAUAACUUGGGGGGCUGGAGUCUUUGACCAUUCUUAGGGUCUUCCUCUGACACUGCCUGGUAUAGAGGUCCUGGAUGGCAGGGAGCUCGGCCCCAGUGAUGUACUGGGCCGUACGCACUACCCUCUUUAGCACCUUGCGGUCUGAUGCCAUGCAGUUGCCAUACCAAGCGGUGAUGCAGGCAGUCAGGAUGCUCUCGAUGGUGCAGCUGUAUAACGUUUUGAGGAUCUGAGGGCCCAUGCCAAAUCUUUUCAGCCUCCUGAGGGGGAAGAGGCUUUGUCGUGCCCUCUUCACAGCUGUGUUGGUGUGUUUGGACCAUGAUAGAUCCUUAGUGAUGUGGACACGGAGAAACUUGAAGCUCUCGACUCGCUCCACUACAGCCCCGUCGAUGUGAAUGGGGGCGUGCUCGGUCCUCCUUUUCCUGUAGUCCACAAUCAGCUCCUUUGUCUUGCUGACGUUGAGGGAGAGGUUGUUGUCCCGGCACCACACUGCCAGGUCUCUGACAUCCUCUCUAUAGGCUGUCUCAUUGUCGUCGGUGAUCAGACCUACCGUUGUGUUGUCUGCAAACUUAAUGAGGGUGUUGGAGUUGUGCCUGGCCAUGCAGUCAUGGGUGAACAAAGAGUACAGGAGGGGACUGAGCACGCACCCCCGAGAGGCCUCCGUGUUCAGGGUCAGAGUGGCGGAUGUGUUAUUGCCUACCUUUACCACCUGGGGGUGUCCCGACAGGAAGUCCAGGAUCCAGUUGCAGAGGAAGGUGUUCAGUUCCAGGGUCCUUAGCUUAGUGAUGAGCUUUGAGGGCACUAUGGUGUUGAACGCUGAGCUGUAGUCAAUAAACUGCAUUCUCACGUAGGUGUUCCUUUUGUCCAAGUGAGAAAGGGCAGUGUGGAGUGCAAUAUAGAUUGCAUCAUCUGUGGAUCAGUUGGGGCGGUAUGUGAAUUGGAGUGCGCCCAGGGUGUCUGGGAUGAUGGUGUUGAUGUGAGCCAUGACCAGCCUUUCAAAGCAUUUCAUGGCUACAGAUGUGAGUGCUACGGGGUGAUUGUCAUUUAGACAGGUUACCUUGGCAUUCUUGGGCACGGGGACUCUGGUGGUCUGCUUGAAACAUGUAGGUAUUACAGACUGGAUUAGGGAGAGGUUGAAAAUGUUCGUGAAGACACUUGCCAGCUGGUCAGCGCAUGCUCUGAGUACGCGUCCUGGUAAUCUGUCUGGCCCUGCGGUCUUGUGGACGUUAACCUGUUUAAAGGUCUUACUCACAUUUAGCUCAUCUGGUAGGCUCGCAUCACUGGGCAGCUCGCGGCUGGGUUUCCCUUUGUAAUCCGUGAUAGUUUGCAAGCCCUGCCACAUCCGAUGAGUGCCAGAACCGGUGUAGUAGGAUUCAAUCUUAGUCCUGUAUUGAUGUUUUGCAUGUCUUAUAAGCGUCCGGGUUAGUGUCCCACUCCUUGAAAGCGGCAGCUCUAGCCUUUAGCUCAGUGCGGAUGUUGCCUGCUAUCCAUGGCUUCUGGUUGUGAUAUGUACGUACAGUCACUGUGGGGAUGACGCUGUCGAUGCACUUAUUAAUGAAGCCGGUGACUGAUGUGCCUGUUUGAGUUUUUGCUUGUAAGCUGGAAUCAGGAGGAUAGAGUUAUGGUCAGAUUUGCCAAAUGGAGGCCGAGGGAGAGCUUUGUAUGCGUCCAUGUGUGUUGAUUAAAGGUGAUGGUGAGUUUUUUUUGCCUCUAGUUGCACAGGCGACAUGCUGGUAUAAAUUGGGUAAAACGGAUUUCAGUUGUCCUGCAUUGAAAUCACCGCCUCUGGAUGAGCAUUAUGGCCGUAUACAGCUCGUUGAGUGUUAGCGCUCUCUCGGUCUUAGUGCCAGCAUCGGUUUGUGGUGGUAAAUCGACAGCUACAAAAAAAUACAGAUGAAAACUCUCUUGGUAAAUAGUACAGUCUACAGCUUAUCAUGAAGUAUUCUGUCUCAGGCGAUCAGAACCCCGAGACUUCCUUAGUGUUAGAGAUCGCGCACCCCCCCCCCCCCCCCCCCCCCUUGAGGUGACCCGAUGCUGCCGUUCUGUCCUGCCGACGCAGAGGAAAAACCAGCUAAAUGUAUAUUAUCCAGGUCCUUGUUUAGCCACGACUCCAGGAAGCGUAGGAUAUUACAGUUCUUCAGGUCCAGUUGAUAGGGUGGUCUCGAAUGGAGCUGGUCCUGUUUGUUCUCCAGUGAUUUUAUAGAACAGGCAGUUUAUUUACUCGUCGCCGUGGUUUCAUCAGGGGGGCGUCGGCCUCUCUAUCACCGUCUCUUUUCUCUUCAGAAUGUCGGGGUGAGCAACUUUUAAUUUUUUUUUACAAUCAGCGCAAAAAAAACAUACCAAAUAGCAGAAUUGGUCAGGAGCCUGUAAAACGGUCGCUAUACAUUUCAGCGCCAUUACACGUGUGUGUGUGUGUGUGUGUGUGUGUGUGUGUGUGUAUGUGUGUGUGUGUGUGUGUGUGUGUGUGUGUGUGUAUGUGUGACCAGUUAAAGAGUGUUUAUCCAGAGAUGAUGUCAUCACUAGGACCAGGAAACAUGUCACUCCCGAGUCCAUAACAGACAGGAAGUACACAUCCAUAGGAACCAACUGGUCAUGCACUGUUUCAUUCAGUUCCAUUCACCUUUGUAGCUUAUUCUGAUAUAGUCUACAACACCUCUGAUCCAACCUCUCUUUACCUCCUCCAACAGGUAAGUGUGUGACCAUCCCCCGGUCUCUGGACGGUCGUCUCCAGGUGUCCCACAGGAAGGGACUCCCCCACGUUAUCUACUGUAGGGUGUGGCGUUGGCCCGACCUGCAGUCUCAUCAUGAGCUCAAGGCCUUGGAGUGCUGCGAAUUCGCCUUCGGAUCCAAACAGAAAGACAUCUGUAUCAACCCUUACCACUACAGACGGGUAGAGACACCAGGUAUGUAGCUAUAUUAACCACUACAGACGGGUAGAGACACCAGGUAUGUAGCUAUAUUAACCACUACAGACGGGUAGAGACACCAGGUAUGUAGCUAUAUUAACCACUACAGACGGGUAGAGACACCAGGUAUGUAGCUAUAUUAACCACUACAGACGGGUAGAGACACCAGGUAUGUAGCUAUAUUAACCACUACAGACGGGUAGAGACACCAGGUAUGUAGCUAUAUUAACCACUACAGACGGGUAGAGACACCAGGUAUGUAGCUAUAUUAACCACUACAGACGGGUAGAGACACCAGGUAUGUAGCUAUAUUACCACUAAGACGACGGUAGAGACACCAGGUAUGUAGCUAUAUUACCACUACAGACGGGUAGAGACACCAGGUAUGUAGCCUUAUAACCACUACAGACGGGUAGAGACACCAGGUAUGUAGCUAUAUUAACCACUACAGACGGGUAGAGACACCAGGUAUGUAGCUAUAUUAAACCACACAGACGGGUAGAGACCCCCAGGUAUGUAGCUAUAUUAACCACUACAGACGGGUAGAGACACCAGGUAUGUAGCUAUAUUAACCACUACAGACGGGUAGAGACACCAGGUAUGUAGCUAUAUUAACCACUACAGACGGGUAGAGACACCAGGUAUGUAGCUAUAUUAACCACUACAUACGGGUAGAGACACCAGGUAUGUAGCUAUAUUAACCACUACAGACGGGUGAGACACCAGGUAUGUAGCUAUAUUAACCACUAAGACGAGGAGAGACACCAGGUAUGUAGCUAUAUUAACCACUACAGACGGGUAGAGACACCAGGUAUGUAGCUAUAUUAACCACUACAGACAGGUAGAGACACCAGGUAUGUAGCUACAGUGCAUUCGGAAAGUAUUCAAAUCCCUUCUCCUUUUUCCACAUUUUGUUACGUUACAGCCUUAUUCUAAAAUGGAUUAAAUAAAAUAAAAAUCCUCAUCAGUCAUCAAGUACUAAAGUAAAAAGUCCUGUUUUAUCUAACCCAGUCUUGUGUUGGAAAUGGCACCCUAUUCACUAAAUAGUGCACUACUUUUGACCAGGGUUCGCAUAGGGAACAGGAUGCCAUUUCAGACGCAUCUGUGUUGUUCCUGUGUGUUAAUUAUCUGGGAUAAAGUUCAGUAGAGGGAUGUGGGAUGAAAUCUGAUCUCAUCAGCACUGUGUUCUCUUCAGAGACAAACUGGAUUUACAGUCAUCUGAUAUGAGAAGAACUGUAAUUAUUGAUCAAUCUCUCUCUCUCGCUCUCUGUCUCUCUCUCUGUCUCUGUCUUUCUGUCUCUCUUUCACUCUCUCUCUCGCUCUACGCCUUUCUCUGUCUGUCUGUCUGUCUGUCUGUCUGUCUGUCUGUCUGUCUGUCUGUCUGUCUGUCUGUCUGUCUGUCUGUCUGUCUGUCUGUCUGUCUGUCUGUCUGUCUGUCUCUCUGUCUGUCUGUCUGUCUGUCUGUCUGUCUGUCUGUCUGUCUGUCUCUCUGUUCCCUUCCCGCUCCCCUCCCUCCCUCUCUCUCUCUCCUUCUCCCCUCCCUCCCCUCCCCCUCUCUCUCUCUCUCAGUGCUCCCCCCAGUGUUGGUCCCCCGCCACAGUGAGUUUAACCCCCAGCACAGUCUACUGGCUAAGUUCCGGAACGCCUCGCUCCACAACGAGCCCCUGAUGCCCCAGAACGCCACAUACCCGGACUCCUUCCCUCCUCACCCCUGCACCUCCUUCUCCUCCCCCUCCUCCUCCUCCCUCACCCAGUCUCCCACCCCCGCCAGCUACCCCAACUCUCCCAGCAGCGCAGCCGAACCAGCCAGCCCCUACCACAUCACAGGUACUACUACUAAAUACAUACCUAUACUUAAUACUACAUAACUACUACUACAGUACUAUAGCCAGCCCCUACCACAUCACAGGUACUACUACUAAAUACAUACCUAUACUUAAUACUACAUAACUACUACUACAGUACUAUAGCCAGCCCCUACCACAUCACAGGUACUACUACUAAAUACAUACAUAUACUUAAUACUACAUAACUACUACUACAGUACAUAGCCAGCCCCUACCACAUCACAGGUACUACUACUAAAUACAUACAUAGACUUAAUACUACAUAACUACUACUACAGUACUAUAGCCAGCCCCUACCACAUUAUAGGUAGAAACACAAUUACUAUAUUUCUUUACGGCUGCUAUAAUCUCUAUUGAGCUGAUUACUGCAAUGUAGCCCAAAGGCCGGCAGAUGGCGAUAUUGAGUCGUUUCCGCCUUACUAUCCAAAUGGCCGGCAAUACACUCGUAUCCCCCGUGGACCGGUUCAUAUCUGAAACAUUCUCCAUUCUGGCUGCAAAGGUGUCUUAUUUCCUCCUUAACUAGAUUCAAUGGCGAGAAGGUGGGGGAAAAAAACGGGGAAAAUAUGCUUACUUUCUUUAUGAAACACCAUUUCCCACCACCAUGCUAAAGUGGCUAAUGCCUAGGAAUGCUAGUCCCGGAUGUUGCGUAUCGCGUUCAGCCAAUCAGGUUGCAGCAGUCUGUUGUUUAUCCCUGGCUGAACGCAGGGCGCAACAUCAGAAAGUAUCAUUAGCCACUAGCAUGGUGGUGGAAAACGGUGUUUCAUAAAAGAAAGUAAGCAUAUUUUCCCCGUUUCCCCCCCCCACCUUCUUCCAGUUAAAUCUAGUUCAGGAGGAAAUCGACGCCUUUGAAGCCUGAAUGGAGAAUGUUGUAGGUAUGAACCGGUCCACGGGGGAUACGAGUGUAUUGCCGGCUGCAUACAAUGCGUUCGGACGGUAAAAUGAAACCAUCCAUACCAGAUGAAUAUCACCAUCUGCUGGCCAUUGGGCUAACUGCAUGGCACUAGUACUACUGCUAGUAUUGUAAUACAGUACCAUUGCAGUAAUCAUCUUAAUAAAGAUCAAACAGCUUUCACUGUCUUUACAUUUCAAUAGUUAUUUGUCCUAUUAUUAUAAUCCUUUUGUAGCUAUUUAUUUUUUUACUUUUGAUGUAUUGUAAUUUCUCUUCCUUUCCCACCUCUGUUCCCUC